UCACAUCAUCAGUGAAGCUCCUCCCACUGCAAUCACAUCAUCAGUGAAGCUCCUCCCACUGCAAUCACAUCAUCAGUGAAGCUCCUCCCACUGCAAUCACAUCAUCAGUGAAGCUCCUCCCACUGCAAUCACAUCAUCAGUUAAGCUCCUCCCACUGCAAUCACAUCAUCAGUGAAGCUCCUCCCACUGCAAUCACAUCAUCAGUGAAGCUCCUCCCACUGCAAUCACAUCAUCAGUGAAGCUCCUCCCACAGUAAUUCACCAAUAAAUGCUGUAAAUUCCCAUCAGCUACAAGUGAAGACGAGCAUGAAAGCUUCAGGAAGAGCUGAAAUCUGCCAAGACUGAGUUUAUUAAAGAGGACAGUGAGAACACGAGUGAUCCAGAACCUGCAGAAUGAAACACACUGAAGAUCCUGAAGAACAAAGAGAGCUGAUGGAAGUGAAGGAGGAGACUGAAGAACUGAGUGAAGUGAUGGAGGAGAGAGAAGAACUGAGUGAAGUGAAAGAGGAGAGAGAAGAACUGAAGGAGGAGAGAGAAGAACUGAGUGAAGUGAAGGAGGAGAGUGAAGAACUGAGUGAAGUGGAGGAGGAGAGAGAAGAACUGAGUGAAGUGAAGGAGGAGAGAGAAGAACUGAGUGAAGUGAAGGAGGAGAGAGAAGAACUGAAGGAGGAGAGUGAAGAAUUGAGUGAAGAGGAAAAUGUUAAACCUGGGAAAAAAACGUCGAGUCGCUCAAAGACUAAAAAGACAUCUUUAAAGAAAAGAGACAAUAAUUCUACAACCUGCACUCAGUGUGGAAAGAGUUUUGUAUAUAAACAAGGUCUUGUGAUUCACAUGAGGAUCCACACCGGAGAGAAGCCGUUCUCAUGUGAUCACUGCGGGAAGAGCUUUGCAUACAAACAAAGUCUUCAGCUUCACAUGAGUGUUCAUACUGGAGAGAAGCCAUAUGCAUGCCAUCAAUGUGAGAAGAGUUUCUUGCGAUCAUCUCACCUUAAGAAACACAUGAGAGUUCACACUGGAGAGAAGCCGUUCACAUGUGAUCAGUGUGGGAAAAGGUUUCCAUACAGAGAAAGUCUUAUUGUUCACAUGAAGAGACACACUGGAGAGAAGCUGUUCACUUGUAAUUGCUGUAAAAAGAGAUUCUCAAGCAAACAACAACUAGAGGUUCACUUGAGAGUUCAUACUGGAGAGAAACCGUUCACAUGCACUCAGUGUGGGAAGAGUUUCUCACACAGAGAAAAUCUUAAAGUUCACAUGAGGAUCCACACUGGAGAAAGACCGUUUACAUGUGAUCAGUGUGGGAAGAGUUUCACACAAUUGGUACAACUUAAAGGGCACAGGAAUAUCCACACCAGAGAGAAGCCUUACACAUGUAAUCAGUGUGGGAAAACGUUUCUUUGGGCGUUAGCCCUGAAGACACACCUGACAGUUCAUAAGAAGGAGAAGCCGCAUUCAUGUUCUGUGUGUGGAAAGAGUUUUUCACUGCUGCCAUAUUUACAUAGACAUGAGAAAACUCAUUCUGGUGUGAGAGAUCAUGUGUGCUAUGAGUGUGGGAAGACUUUUAUUUCAUUGGCCUUUUUAAAACUGCACCAGAGAAUUCACACUGGAGAAAAACCUUACAAGUGUUCACACUGUGACAAGAGAUUCAGUCAGCCAUCAAAUCUGAAAACACAUGAUAGGAUCCACACUGGAGAGAAGCCGCACACGUGUGAUCAGUGUGGAAAGAGAUUCUCUGUCAAAGUUCAACUACAGCUACACGUGAGGAUCCACACUGGAGAAAAACCUUACAAGUGUUCACACUGUGACAAGAGAUUCAGUGUGUCGUCAACUCUGAAAACACAUGAGAGGAUCCACACUGGAGAAAAACCUUACAAGUGUUCACACUGUGACAAGAGAUUCAGUCAGUCACAACAUCUGAAAACACACAAGAGGGUCCACACUGGAGAGAAGCCGUACACAUGUGAUCAGUGCGGGACCAGUUUCGCUAUUAAACGCAACCUGGAUCAACACAUUAAGAUCCACACUGGAGAAAAACCUUACAAGUGUUCACACUGUGACAAGAGAUUUAAUCUGUCAUCAACUCUGAAAAAACAUGUAAAGACCCACAGUAGAGAGAAGCCGCACACGUGUGAUCAGUGCGGAACAAGUUUCUCUUUUAAAAGUCACCUGAAGCUACACAUGAAGAUCCAUUCAGUGUAG